CGAUUUCGUGUAAUGGCAAAGUGUAAUUGCUUGAAAAAAAAACUUCACCCGAUCAAGAUGCCUGUCAAGGAGAAAAUAAUCCCCGAUGAAAUUUUCGGCAUUAAAGCAAUAACACCAGCACCAGAAAUGGAAGGAAUUUUAGAUUGGUUGAAGUUCACAAGAAUUCAUAAAUACUGGGCUUUUUUCUCUCAUUUGAGCUACGAAGCCCUGAUCACGUUGAAUGACGAAAAUCUCGAUCUAUAUUUGCGUGAGUUAGGAGCCCGACAGAGCUUUAUGGUCGGGACGAGGAAGAAAAUUUUGAAAUCGAUCGAGGAAUUGAGAAAUAGGACCCAACAGCUAAGAGACUUGGACCCUUUUGAUGUCGAAUUUUCUUGCUAUGUCAUAUCGACAAUUCUCAAAACGCCGAUUUGCGACUAUAUCAAAGAAGUUGACGGCACUUACAUCACAGGACUUUUGAAAGAAAAAAUUACACAAGUCGUCGAUGCUGCUCGGAAAAGAGGAGAGUGGUCCAUAUUUAUAAAAGCCAUGCUUGAAGAGUACGUCGAACACAAAUCCAUUCCGGACUUUGACAAAAUGUGUGCCAAGCAGUGGUUGAAAUACAUCCAGUUCGAUUUUCUCCCUACACCUGACUUAAGUUUGGGAUAUGAUCAACGGGCCAAAGAAAAGCCUAGUAUAAUGAUGUUGGCAAAAUUGGCCAAUGCCAAGAAACAAGACUACAACAACAACUACUUCAAUUAACCCCGCAUCGGU